UCCACCCAGAUUUUGCAACACAAAAUCACAAGACGGCCACACAAGUAACCGAUCAACACACACGUCUUGAAGCCUUUGGAGCAAAAGUAUUAUGGCUGUGUUUCUCCGGAGUCUAUUCGCAGGGCUCAUGAUCCUCGCCUUAUGUACUGCACGUCAGUAUAUCUUUGUGAAUGAGAACAAGACAUGGACAGAAGCUCAGAGCUACUGUAGAGAUAAAUACACUGAUCUGGUCACCAUUGAAAAUGAUCAAGAGAUGGAAAAGUUACUCGACAUGAUGGAGAACUAUGACUCCAUUGAUCUGACCUGGAUUGGACUCUAUGAUGAUCUGAACAGUUGGAAAUGGACUCUAGAGGACAGUGAUUUCUUUAAAGAAGGAGAAAAACAAUUUAGGAACUGGUAUAGCCCUGGACCUGGGAAUCAUGAAGGACAAAGUCUUUGUGUGUAUAUUGAGAAUGGGAGAUGGAUUGCAGAGAGUUGCAGCACAGCAUAUUUUUUUAUCUGCUAUGAUGGAAGAGUGAAUGCUAGUUCAAGUUAUGUUCCUGUUAGCCAGCCCAAAAACUGGACUGAAGCUCAAAGUUACUGCAGACAGCAUCACAGCGACCUUGUCAGUGUCAGAAAUGAGAGUGAACAUCAGAAGAUACUAUAUUUAUCUCAAAAGUAUUAUGCUUCGUGGAUUGGUCUGUACAGAACUAGAUCUUGGUCAGAUCAGAGUAACUCUACAUUCAGUAACUGGAGGUCAGGAGAGCCGAAUAAUGCUGGAUACAGUGAAUACUGCACUGCUGUGUCAUUCAGUGAUGCUGGAGAAUGGACGGAUCAAAACUGCAAUUAUCAGUUACCUUUCAUUUGCUACAGCGUGACUGCACUGGCAUCAUCCUGUCAGUAUCACUUUAUCUCAGUGAAUAAGAGCUGGUCUGAAGCUCAGACAUACUGCAGACAGAAUUACACUGAUCUGGCCACCAUUGAUAACAUGACAGAGAUGAACAGUGUGAUGAACACAGUUAAUGGGAGUUACGAUGGCUCAGCCUGGAUUGGACUGUAUGAUGAUGUCAACAGCUGGAGAUGGUCACUGGAUGAUGAUGAUUUCUAUCAGGAAGGAGAGAGAUUAUUCAGAAACUGGUAUCAUCAACCGGACAACUACAGAGGAAACGAGCUGUGUGUUUCUAUGAUUGUAAAUGAUGGAAGCUGGUUCGAUUCCUCAUGUGACGACAUACUGCCAUUUGUUUGCUAUGACGGUAGAGAGAAUGCCACACAGACACAUAUCAAAGUUACUGAGAGAAAGACCUGGGCAGAGGCUCGGAGAUACUGCAGAGACCAUCACACAGAUCUUGUCAACGUGAGAAACCUGACUGAGAAUCAGAGAUUCAUUGACAGUGCAGGUGUUCUGAUCUGGAUUGGUCUGAACAGAAACAGGAUUUGGUCAAACCAUGCUAUUUCCAGUUAUCAAAACUGGAGACCGGAUGUGAGUCAUUAUGAAGUUAAAAGAUCAGUUGAAUUGAAGAAUAGUUUUCAGUACUGUACUGCGGUAUCAGUUCACAAAUUGGGUCAUUGGACACACGGGAGUUGUUUUUCCAACAGGCCUUUCUUCUGCUACAGCACAUUAGCAUCAUCCCGUCAGUAUCACUUUAUAUCUGUGAAUAAGAACUGGCUUGAAGCUCAGACAUACUGCAGACAGAAUUACACUGAUCUGGCCACCAUUGAUAACAUGACAGAGAUGAACAGACUCAUGAAAACAGUACGAGGGAUUAACUAUGGUUCAGUGUGGAUUGGACAGUAUGAUGAUCUAAACAACUGGAGAUGGUCUCUGGGAAACACAGAGUUAGGAGGAGGUUUUAAUAGCUGGUAUGUUCAGCAAUCAAAAAAUGCAUAUGGACAGAGUCUCUGUGUGUCCGUGUCAUAUCAGGUAAUAUGGCGAGAAACCUUUUGCUCAACUAUGGCUUCCUUUAUUUGUUAUGAUGGAAGGCAGAAUGCCAGUGUCAGUUAUGUGCAUGUCAAAGACAUGAAAAACUGGACUGAAGCUCGAAAUUACUGUAGAGAACAUCACACAGACCUUGUCAGUAUCAGAAAUGAGACUGAAAACCAGAUGAUCGUAUCCCUUCUCCAGAAUAAUUAUUAUGGUGUUUGGUUUGGUCUGUACAGAACUAGAUCUUGGUCAGAUCAGAGUAACUCUACAUUCAGUAACUGGAGGUCAGGAGAGCCGAAUAAUGCUGGAUACAGUGAAUACUGCACUGCUGUGUCAUUCAGUGAUGCUGGUAAAUGGACAGAUGAAAAUUGUUAUUAUCUGUUAUCUUUCAUUUGCUACAUUGGUGAGUAAAUCUAUCAUAUACAUAAGAACAAAACUUUUUUAUAACCCUAACUUUUCUCAGAAUUUUAUAGUGUUUAUUAGAUAUUCAGAUCUGCUCUCAUUCGUUUCAAAUGUCCUUAAAGAUCCCCUCAUAAAAUCGAUUCUUUAUACUCCACAGGGUCCUCUGUGGCAUCAUCCCGUCAGUAUCAUUUUAUCUCAGUGAAUAAGAGCUGGUCUGAAGCUCAGACAUACUGCAGACAGAAUUACACUGAUCUGGCCACCAUUGAUAACAUGACAGAGAUGAACAGACUUAUUAAAACAGUACGAGGGAUUAACUAUGGUUCAGCCUGGAUUGGACUGUAUGAUGAUGUCAACAGCUGGAGAUGGUCACUGGAUGAUGAUGAUUUCUAUCAGGAAGGAGAGAGAGAAUUCAGAAACUGGUAUCAUCAACCUGACAACUCUGGUGGAAAUGAAAUGUGUGUUUCUAUGGAUGUAAAUGAUGGAACCUGGUUUGAUGCCAGGUGUGACAACUCUUUCAUUUUUGUUUGUUAUGAUGGCAGAGAGAAUGCUUCUCAGAAGUAUGUUUGGGUAGGUCAGGAAAAGACCUGGAGUGAAGCUCAAACACACUGCAGACAGUUUUACACAGAUCUGGCCAGCGUAAGAAAUGAAACAGAGCGUAUACAGAUACUGACCGUUGAUCAAAAAUUUAAAAUUACAGUGGAACGUGAAAAUAAUAACGUGUGGAUUGGUCUACACAGAAGCAAACUGUGGUCAGAUCAAAGCAACUCUUCAUUCACAUACUUGGUGGCAUGGGAUUAUGUAGAGGAAACUAGUGAUUUUAGUUUUUUUGGUCAGGCUCAACAAUGCACAGCUGUGUCUUUCAAAUCUUUUGGUUACUGGACACAUGAGCAAUGCUUUGACCAUUUGCCUUUCUUCUGCUACAGUGGUGAGAUCAUCUACCUUCUAUAUAAAUAAACAAAUAAUCUGUGACACAGAAUCAAGCAAAUUGAUAUAAAAUGUGUAUUAGUUAAUCAGGAUUAAAUGUUUGCUAAUGUCAUCUCUAUUUUGUUUGCUUUUUGGUUAAUGUGAUGACCAUGGAAUUCAGAAAAGUAUGUGAGUGGAUUGAGAGUGAAGUUUUUUGGCAAAGAAAAUUUGUCUCAGUCUCAGAUUGAAGAGUUUAUUGAUCAAUUAAAACAGGAGUUGAUCAGAGGAGGAGUACCUGGCAACUUCACCGUGCGCUUGAGAAACUACAGUAAAAUCAGUUCUCUGUAAGGACUCUGUACUUAUAUUACUUCAAGUAUGGACUACAAGCUUUUAUGUAUAAUUUGUUUUUAAUGUUUUAUAUGUGGUUUAAGUGGCCUAUAUUGCUAUUUGUUUUUAGCUUCUCAAGAACUAGAUAAAAAAGAUACCCCUUCCUUUAUUUAUGUGGACAAGACAUUUGGAGCAAUAUGACUCCCAGCAUAACUCUUUAAAGGGGUCAUAUGACACGGCUUAAAUGAAUAUUAUUGUUUGUUUUAGAUGUAAUGCAAUGUGUAUACACGAUUUAAGGUUCAAAAACGCUGUAUUUUCCACAUACCGUGCAUGCUCAUCGCUCUGAAAUGCGAGGUGUGCUAUGAUUGGCCAGUUAAUUCACUUUUAGAUACAGUAGAAUGCAUCUUUUGUUCCGACACUUUCAUUUUUGCAAUUUUACGUGUCUAAUACAUGCAUGGGCAAUUUAUAACACACCAAAGACACAAAAAACACAUAUUAGCCCCAUAUGACCCUUUAAACAUUUUCCUCAACUAUAGUAGUGCUGGCCGGCAUUGAUUUCAUUUCACCACAUGCAUAUUCAUUUCUCUCUGGGUUUUAUAGUCAAAUGUAAAUUUAUUUUUCUCAUAUGAUGUUUACAUGGUUUUUGGGUGUGAGGCUUAGGCUAUAGAACACUAUUUCAUUUACACUUUAUCAUUAAGCAACCUAUAGCCAAAAUAUGUUGUGUUUAUAUGAACAUAAUAAAACCAAGUAUAAAUGU